AUGGGCUGGGGGGACUUGCAUGUGGUGGGUGCCAACGCCGAUGAGACGGCCGUGUUUGGCCGCCGUGAUGAAGGUGGCUCUUCCUUCUACAAGAUCGAGACUCGUUCCCAACUUGCUCCUGCCGAUGCCGAGAACAAGGUUGAGGCCUUGCCUCAAUGGCAAGCUGUGGCCUCUCAGAACAAUCUCUGUCUGGCCCUGGAUCAUACGGUUCACAUCCUCAAACAUGCAGGCGCGGAACUCACCACGUCCAUGGACCUCGAUGCUCCUGUGGACUUGGUCGCUUGGGGCGGUGACGAAGAGUUUCUGGUCAUUGCUGACCGGGCAGGCAGUGUUCAUCUUGUCGACACCGCCACCAAGAACGUCCUGUUUUCUCAGGUUUGCUCCUGCGCCAUUUUUCGCUUAAUUAUUCGGUCAAACAUGAAACCCAGCGCUGAUAUUCAAAAAUUGGUGGCACAACAGCCAAAUCAUAGCUUUGCCACCCUCCGCUUCCGGCGGGCCAGCGACAACACCGACAUGUAUGAAUUUUUUGUGGUGACAACCACGGGGCAAGGCUUUAUUUUUGGAAACAUUGCCCUCGGAGCAGCCCGAGCUGCCAUUGAUGGCCGUCAAAUGGCUCAGCUGGCCGAGCUUAAGAAAACCAUUACAAUGCGCAAGUUUGAAGUAGCCACACCCAACGAAUGCUUGCGUGGUGCUGCCCUCACCAUGGGCACGGGUGUCGACGAAUACUGCAUCACCUGGGGUGACUUUGGCAUCCAAGUCUGGGAACAUGACGAGGGUGCUUUUGUCCUAUCAGAUCAGGCCACGAGCUUCUCGGCCACGGGCGCUGUACUUCAGUGUGAGCUGGUGACCGUGCGCGGCCAAGUGAUGGCGCUCAUCAUUGAUGAUGAACACAAUUUGACGCUUUGGCAUCUGGAUUCCCUCACUGUCGUCAAAGCCUUUGGCAUCCCUGUCGAGUCUUUUGUUUUAUUGGAGCCCACGGAAGAAGAUGCUGGGGCCCUACGACUCAUGUGUGCCACCCACGCCGAGCCAGGCAAGGCCCGGUUCAUCAAGCUCCUGCGCGGUGAUUCGCUUCAAGAGGAGUACAGCUUGGCCGUGGCCGAGCACAGCCUGCCGGUGGAGUCGGCAGAUCCCGAAUGCCUUAUUCUUCUCGAGAUGCGGCACAAGGACAAAAUGGACAGUCUGGGGGCUGUGCAGGACCCUUCGGCGGCCGUCAUCUUGGUCCGCUCCUUGGAACCAACCCAGCCAAGCAAUCGGCUCUACCAUCUCCUGCACCAGCAACGCUUUGCAGAAGCCACGCAACUUGCCACGCAGUUUGGUCUCGACCAGAAACUUGUGCAUGAGGUCCGCGUCAAUCACGUGCUCAAUCAACUUGACCUCAAGCCCACCAUUGAGCUGCGCCAGGAACUUGAGGUUUCACUCGAGGCCAUGGAUGAUCUCGAGUUUGUGGUCACCAGUGCCCUCAAUGCUUCUCUUCCUUCGGUUCAUGAGACCAUGCUCAUCUUUCAGUACGCAGAGGGUCGCUUGCGCGCGGCGGCAGCGGAGGGAACGGCGCCAGAACAUGAACUGCACGAGCUGACCAGCCGUGUGUUGUGCGCAGUCAAGCGCCUUGGCACGUACAACAUGAUGACCUCGUCCUCGGCCUUUGAUAGUGCCGAUUGGCACCGCUUUCGUCAGACGGACCUUCUGCGAGAGCUCACCAAUAGCCUGGCAGCCCAUCGUAUUGAUGUGGCCAAUACCAUUUGGACGCGUCAUGAGAGUGAAUACGACCUGGCCGCCAGCGCCGACUUGAUCUUGGACGCCAUGCCAGAUGCGCUCCAGAGCAAAUUUUUGAUCCCCUUUCUGCGUGACGAAGUCUUUCCCCGCCUGCAGCGUCAGCACCACGCCUUUGCUCUCGAGUGGCUCCAUACCCGCGCCACCAUGAUGGAGCUGACCGAGAAGAACGAAUGGCCCGCCUGCGCCAUCGAGCUCAUCGAGACCGGCGAGUCGAUCAUUGCUGCCAACGGAUUUAGCAAAACCAACGCCCAGCAUGCGCGUCGCCUGCACAGCUGGCAUACAGCCCACCCCAGCACCAUUGUAGAUGGUCUGUGCGGCCGCACCAACGCCAUGGAUGGUGCGCAGGCUGAGCAAGCCGGUCCUAGCGUUCAGCUAUUGGCUAGCCAACUUUUGCACAUUAAAUUGGCGCUGGAAGACCUUCGCUUUUUGCAAGACGUCUCCGGCUUUCGCCUAGCUCUAGGAGACUAUCAAACGGAAACGCCCGAGUCCAUUCUGUUUGCCCUUCUUGAGCGCGUGGCCGCUGCCGACUUGAUUCCCGAGGUCCUGCUCAACCAGGUUCGCCCCUAUGCCGCGCGCCACAAUCUCGACUUGGAUGCGGUGUUGCUACGUUACAUCAAGGCACUGGCAUCCGGAGCCCAAACCGUAGCCGUGACUGGCAGUAAUUGGUGCUCGCGCGCCCUGGCCAUCAUCGGGUGCCUCGGUACCACAGAAAUCAAAGCUACGGCCACCAUGGUGCUGAUGGGUGCCGUUUCCGUACCGUGCCCCGCCGACGUGGAUGCUCUCAUUGAGGAAGCUCGGGCCUGGCCCCAUGCUCAAAAGAGCGAGUUCGACGAGCAGUACCGCAUUUUGGCGUUGCGCAAGAUGCUGCUUCCCUACGGCAUCUCCAAUUUUAACAUUAGCAAUACAACGCUAGCGCGCCGUCUUGUACGUCACAUUGCCUGCAAUCUUGAGCAACCCACAGCCCUGCAGGACGCCAUGCAGGUUGUCGAGGCUUAUAGCCACAUUGGCCACCACGAUGUGUACGUUCACCGCAUUCGCCAUCUCGCGACGCACGGCCGUGCGGCUGAGGCGCAGGCGCUCUUUACCUCGCUCAGCGGCCACCUUCUGGCUUCGGUCGGCUUGGAGUUGCUCCAGUGGGCCGACCUCGCGGGAAGCGAUACGGGCGAUGCGCUCUGCUUGCCGGCAUUGCGCAUGGGCAUCUACUUGGCGGAUUAUCUCAUCCGUGCAGCUCGCGUUGAGGGGUCACUCACUGGACUCAGCUCCAAUGACGUUGACAGCAUCAAGCGUCUUCACCAGCGCUUCCACGCAGCGUGCGUGCUCAAGGAUGAGUACCAUGUGGACGUCGACUUUCAACACUUGGGGAGUUACGGCGCCAAGCAAGACUGCCUAGCAGCGGUUGUUGCCGCGCGCGUGGCCAGCAAGCCGCGCGGCACCAACUCAUAUCGCCACGUGUUGCGUGACGUCCGUCGAGUGGCGGGGCUUCUUGACCUCGAGGCGCCGGCCUUGCUGGGCCACCUGACUGACAUUUGCGUUCGCGGGGAUCUACCCUUUAGUGUCUUGAUCACAUACUGUCACGAUAGCUGCCGCGGCCGCCCAACGUCAGAGUUGGCUACUGCUCUGGCCGAGUGUGUGGAGAAUCUUAUCCGAUACCUGGCCAAUCGUCGCUACGACCGUGCGUUGGACAUUAGCUUUCAGGACAUUUUGGAUAUUGCUCGCCUAUCCUUGGCCUACUCAGCCCCUGAACAUUGCUUGGAUCGCGUCGCGUUUUACCGCAUCGUGGAGCUGGCUGCGUUGAUCGAGGCGCAGUGCGACAUCAGCACCGCUGGCGGUGUGCAGCAAUUACCUACCCACCUGGCGCUCCUCGCACGCCAGUUUCGUGGCCAGCGCUUCAUCGAGGAUGGUCUCGUCCUGUCGGGGGCUGAGGUCAUGCCACUGGUCUGCAAAUACAUUACAGCCGUGUACCCUUCAAGCUUGCGUGACCCCUAUAAAUUUCAGUGUCGCCGCGUGGCCUGUCGCACUGCUGUCUAUGGUGAAGAGGCACUUUUGAGCAAGGUGUCGCAGUCAGCCCCAGCAAUCUUCAACCUGCUGGCUCGCAAUCGCCAAUUGCAGCUGGGUCUUCGAGCAGCCAUCGACGCACUGGUUGUGUGUGCUGAGCACCGUUACCUCAACGAUGAUCGCCAGGUCAUCCAGGACCGCUUUGAACACCUCGUGCCCCGUGCGGGCCAGGUAGUAUCAAGUAUGCUGCAAGAGCUUCUCUCCAACGUGCUCAUGACCGCUUGCCCGGAUCGCACCGCAGCCUUGGGGUACAUGAUGGCACUGCCGCUGGAUCAAUCGUUCCAGGUCUUUUCCACGGCUGUGGGUCAAAGCAAGCGCCAAUUUACGCGCUUGGAGCAACUGGCAUGGAUCGGAACUGGCUUGGCACUUUUGUGGAGUGAGGAGGAUCUGUUGAGUGAGUGUCGCUCCAUUGCCAAGACAGCCAAGUGGGGCUGCCGUCUCGGAGCCUUUGGUAUUGGUUUUGAUAGCAACCUUCUGGACGCCGGCGAUCAAGAGGAGAUUCAUCGCAUUCUAUUGCAGCUGCUGACGGCAUCGCACAACGAUCUAGCUAUCGUGAUCGAGUGGGCCGAGGCAUACGGCUUGACCAAAACUGUGGCUUGCAAUACUUUUGUCGAAACCAUGUGCAUCUCGACAGACCCAUCCGUCAUCUGCUUGAAUGCUGACGGCUUUCCCGAUGUUCAACCGGCCCUCAAGGAGCAGAUUAAGCAAUUGGUGGUCAGCACACGAGACCCAGAGGGAUUGGCUUGUGCAUUGCGCGAGAAUGUGCUGCCACGCAUCAGCAACUAUCACUAUGAACGCAUUCAGUUCGUCUUGGAUCUGCUCGCCAUUGCGGAUGGGGCUGCACCCGCAGCGCGCUACACCGCUGUCGUGAACACGGGCACGCUGCUUCUGGGAGUGUUGCGCUUGUACAAGCGUCGUGCCGCGCCAUCCAAGGUCGAGGUCAAGGAUAUUGAGGCGCUUCCGGCUGCCGAGCGAGUACUCAUUGAAGCGGCUGCGCGAACUCGCUUGCCAUUUCACAUUCUUACCAAUGAUGAUCCUUGGAUCUGUCUUCUGGCUGAGUUGGAUCUCAAGUCCAUCAAUCGUCUCAUGUCGAUUGCUCGCCUCUUGUCGCUCAGUCGCACCGAGGUCUACGCUUGUGUCAUCGACAAGAUGCUCCCCGAGUUGGCCACGUGCGUGGACAGCGAAACUGUAGACGCCGUGUUGGCUCUUGUGCCCAAGCUUGAAGACCCUCAGGAGGUGAUCAUCAAAUAUCACACCAUUGCAGAUGAGCUUCCUCUGGGCGCAGCCAAGCUGGAAGCCUUGCGCCUGGCUACUGCUGCCGCCGCCGAGCUUGCAUGCGUCGAGACUCAGGUACAAGCACACGCGGAGCGCUUGGCACAGCAAUACCAGAGUGCAUGUGCCCAGGUGAAACUACAGACCGCGGGCAUUCUUGAUUCGAGUCUUUGCGAGCUGUUGAGCCAGCCUGAUGUCUUUGUGCGAGAGCUGUUGCAAGAAUAUUGCAUUGGCAGUAAAGCUGCUCAGCUGGCUCAGCGAAAGGUCAACCUCUUGCAUCUGGCCGAGGGGGUGGCUGCUGAAUUGGGUGUUGAUGCAGAGGCGCUUCGCAACGAUCUCAUUUCGCAGUGGCUCAUGGAAGGCGAGGCCACCGUGCAUGGAACCAACAUGACGAGCCAGAGCGUCAUGGCCACAAGGGCCGCGCCCAAAAAGCUGUCAUUGGCCAGUGUCUGGCGCGAGGAGCCUGCUGCCCCUACGCGAAACAGCAGUGCUGGUGCCGUUCCACUCUCGGACGAUCUAUCUCUGCAAAAAGCCGUUGCUCUGCUGCGCUUGAUGGAUGUGCAUGAAGCCGUGUCUUGUCUUCUCAGCUUUGCUCAAGAGGAGCACUCCAACAACAUUUCUCCUGCCACACGAGUGCGCGCCUAUAUGGCACUCUUUAUGGUUGCCAACCCCCACGAGAUUGUCGAGAUCAGCGAUUCCAGCAUGGAACAACUACGCGAAGAUAUGCUGAACAUGAUCUACACGGCUCGACUGACGGCCUUGGGUAUCAUGCAGACGUCGAGUGAUUUCAUUCGAGCGGACAAAGAAGGCCUGAUUCGGAGCAUUUGGAAGAACUAUGCCCACGACGAUCAAGCCAUCGUUCUGGUUGCCGAUCUCUGCUUGCAGUAUGAACUCUAUGAUGCUGCGCUGUGGGAUGCCAUCUUGCGCCAAAUGCUCCAACUUCGACUGUACUCCGAUUUGCAACGCCUUUUGGCCGCGGCGUCGGGCAUCCCAGAGCUGUGGUGUUUGCCCUGUCUGGAGACUGCAUGGCGCGAUGUGAUCCGCAGCUGCGUGUCGCGCGCGUCAGCCGGGGGUGCGCAAAGCAACGUCUUGAUUGAUCAAGCCUUGGAGCUCGUCUCGCAAAGUCCGUUUGUCCUUCGCACGGAUGUGUCGAGUCUGGCGCAGAUGUAUGAGCAACGAGAACGCCACUAUGAUGCCCUUGUUGCCAUCUCGCUGACCAACGACGGAGAAACGCCGGAAUAUGCCGAGCAGCUGUCUCAAACUCAGCUCCGAGCCGUGUUGGAUGAAACUCGCCUGCGCACCGCCCCUCUGAUGGGCAAGGUGCAAGCCUGUAUCUUUGAUUUGGUCGAUCGUCGCCAAGCAUAUCAACUUGUCUUGGGCACGCCCGACUUCACUGAACUGGUUCAGUAUCUGAUUCAAGAAGACCGGGUGGACAACUUGUUGCUCAAAACCGUGUUGGCCAAGCGCUGGGCAGAUGCUGUGCGCUUGGUCCGGGCCUAUGCCAGCGUACACCAGCUUGGCCUAGACCUUGACUCGGCGGCAGAUGAACCCUCGGCUGUUGUGCGUGCUUUUGCCGAGGCGCGAGGUCUCGCGGCAGUUGUCGCUGCAUGUGCUUGA